ACUGUGUGUCUGUCAGUGCGCAAGACGAUGUUCGCCGCCUUGUUUACGCCUCGCCAUCAGCUGAUCGGGGCUGCCUCGGUGGUCUUGUAGACGUGGCCCUUGAUUGUAAUGACUGUUUACCCCCUUCUCUCAUUAGCAACCAACGCCAUAUCUUAGCUGACAAAUCAAUGCACAUAGACCAAGACCCUGAGUUGAUUCAAUACGGUCAAAAAUGUGUAUUUUUAGUAUUUAGAAGUGAAUUUUUAUUUGUUGGUGUUUUCGUGAGUAACAGCUGAGUUUGACUGCUUGAUGACACUUGGGCCAUGACGCUCGCUCAGCAAGUCACCGUCUGCUCUGUACCUCGUAGCGUUCAUGAGUGACCGACAGACCCCCAGCAGUCACCUAUACACAUGAUGAGAUAGCAAGGAAGAUAACAUAAUAGUCUUAUCAUUGGCAUUGAUGUGGAACGAUUCGAGUGUGAGGAAACAUACGAAGGUCAUCUAUUGUGUGUUGCCUUCUCCAGCUGCUCCACCUCCAUCUUGCCCUGAUGUUUGGUGUCUGACCUCCACACGCCUUACCCCUCCAGCGAGAUGCCUGCCCCAGUGGGACUACACCCUGGGGAGCAGUAUUCCCGUGCGACGGGACUCAUCUAUGUGUUCAACCUCAUUGUGGGGACAGGAUGCCUCACCCUGCCUGCUGCUUUUGCCGCUGCUGGCUGGUCCCUCUCAGCAGCCGGUAUCCUUCUCCUCGCUCUAGUCAGCUACAUGACGACAACGUGGGUGGUGGAGAGCAUGGCCUGUGCCAACGCCAUCAAUCACUGGCGGCGGAUGAAGCAGCUGAAGAAGCGUGGGCAGGUUGCAGAUGAGCUUGUGAACCGCACUCUUGAAAAUGCUGAGGCAGACCAGCGGGCAACAGACACCUCAGAGGACCAGGAAGACCAUGAGGAGGACUCACCCCUCAUCACAGAGGGUGUGAUUGAGAGGACAGUUGGUGAAUACUAUGCCAUCCAGGAACAGAUUGAGAUGGGACAGAUGGCAGCACUGUUCUACCCAAAAGUGUGGGACAAAGUAUUUUAUGUGGUGCUCUGUAUAUACCUUUAUGGGGACCUGGCUAUAUAUGAAGCAGCUGUUGCCAAGUCACUAAGAGACAGUAUGUGCAACUAUGUACCAGAGAACUGCACUGAGACCUUAUUGGAUGAUGACAAAUGCUUCAAGGAUUCAGACAUCAAAAGAAUAGAUAUAUACAGGUUAUGCAUGGCUGGGUUCAUUGGAAUAAUGGGUCCAUUUGUCUUCUUUAAUCUCACUAAGACCAAAUACAUGCAAAUAUUAACCACCUUCACCAGAUGGCUUGCAAUGGGGAUCAUGAUUGCCUGGGCCAUUGUCAAACUCGCCCAGGACCAAGGGAAGGGACACCCACCCACUGCUGAUGUCACCAAGUUGCCUCAGCUCUUUGGCGUGUGUGUUUACAGUUUUAUGUGCCACCAUUCCCUGCCUGCCCUCAUCACUCCUGUCAGUGAAAAAAAGUCCAUUUUGAAGCUGUUGGCAGCAGAUUAUCUUCUCAUCCUUAUGUUCUAUUACUUGUUGGCCUUCACUGGGAUCUUUACAUUUGCUCACUUGGAGGACCUCUACACCCUCAACUUCCAGCCUGAUCGAUGCAAAACUGGCAGUGAAACCUCCAUUAUUGUCUACUGUCUACAGGUAUUCUUGCUCAUGUUCCCAGUCUUCACCCUGAGCACUAACUUCCCCAUCAUCGCCAUCACGCUCAGGAACAAUCUUAAGAGUUUGUGUCUAAGGGAGAACCGCCGCUACUCCUUCUUCACUUCCCGCUGUCUGUUCCCACUGUUGGCCAUCAUUCCUCCAACGCUGGUGGGACUUGCCACCUCUGAUGUGGAGAUCUUGGUGGGGAUCACUGGGGCAUAUGCAGGCUCCUUCAUUCAGUACAUUGUGCCAGCAACACUAGUAUAUUACGCCCGUAAGAUGACACUGCAGCACAUUGGCAUGGGUGUUAAGAAUCCUUUCUCAGCACCCCUGCAACACUCAGCCUGGAUUGUGGUGAUCUGUCUGUGGGCAGCACUUUGCCAGGUGUUCGUCACACUGUAUCUUAUUGAAGAAUACAAGUAGUAGUUCUGUAAAUAUACAUAUAUAUGUAUCAAAGCUGUUGAUAUGAUGUAAAUAGAAUUAUAUUUUGUAUAUGAGUACAACCAAGUGAUUAAUAUGUGACUGAAGUAUUGGGUGUAAUUUAGCUUAAUAUUUCAUGUUCUACCUUUAGCCUGCUCAAGUAUGGUAAUUCCUAAUUGGACUUUUUUUUAUUAUUAUUUAGCAGAUGGCUGCACUGAUAUCCUAAAGAAUUGUAUUUUUAGUACAUAAUUUGAUUAACAAGAACAAUUAGUAGUUCCCGUUCUGGUCUUUGCAUCAUCCUGUAAGGUCUGUAUAAGACGUUGAAAUUAGGAGUGUAUCAUAGCAAAGCAAGUGUCUCUCUUACAAAUCCUCUUAACAUUCUGGUGUGGGAGGACCUUCCAUUGACAGUGCUUCUUUUGGUUGGAGUUCACAUCAUCCAGAUCUGUGAUGUAGAUUGCCUAGUGUCCCCUGCUCAUUCAGUCAGUCAGUCAAUCAGUCUGUCAUUCAUAUGCCAUGUAAGUUGUCUUCCUUCAAGUAUAGACACAACUUCCAGUCACUUAAGCUGUUUGUUUUCUUUGUUUUCUGAUUGAAGCACAUGACACACAUUCCAGUAUUUUGUCAUUUAUGUUUCCUUGUACUUUUUUAGACUUAAUGUUUUUGAAACCUUUGAAUAGGAUAAACAUGACAGGCUGCAUCAUUUUCUGUCUAAACUCAUAUAUAUAUAUAUAUAUAUAUAUAUAUAUAUAUAUAUAUAUAUAUAUAUAUAUAUAUAUAUAUAUAUAUAUAUAUAUAUAUAUUCUCAACUUUAAUGGCUUCCAUCUGUUGAUUCAUCCUCACAUCCUUAAGUAAAAUAAUCUUGAUGAUGUAUUCUGUUUUCUCAUGCAGUGUGACUGGUUCCUUCUGUUAUGACAUUCACAGCUACACUUUAUGACAUGGCAUUUCCGUAACUGACAUUUUUCUGCAUUCCUUGCAGUGUUUCAUCUUCCAAAAACUACACAGGACAUCUGUGUUUCCCCAAUUUUUUAAGUUUUUAUUAUUCAGUUUAUUAUUUUAAUGUUUUCCUUUAUUCAGAAGAGAAAAUCACUUGAACCGUGGUAUUGGUCUGUGUAUGAUUUUUCUAAAAAGUUUAAAAUUCUAUUAAAAGUAUAUAUUUUCAAAUUUUAAAAUUCUGCUAAAAAGUAUGUAUUUUCAUAUAUUUUUAAAAAUUUGUAUGGACUGUUUUAUGGAUAUGAGUAAAUAUGUAGUUUCUUUAUAUCAAUAGAUCCAUUGUAUAAUUUUUCAAAUGAAAUUUUAAGGCAGGUCUUUGUGUUUACCCAUUGUAGAAUCCCUUUCAUUUGAGCAUUACUUUGAAGCUAUUAAUUUCAAGUUAAUGCACUGCAUGCAACAUUUAACAUUUCAUUUCAUUCUGUGGCAUCCAUAACACCCAUAUGUUUGUUUAGCUCUCUAAAUAAGUACAUCAUUAUAUUUGGAGAUAAUUUUUCUUGUUCUACUAAAAUUCCUUAUAUUUAUAUAUUUAUAUAUGUAACUGUCUUACCAAAUGUUUUCUGGUCAGAGAGAGAGAGAGAGAGAGAGAGAGAGAGAGAGAGAGAGAGAGAGAGAGAGAGAGAGAGAGAGAAUCUGUAAAAUUCACCAACUGAAGAAAGUACCUUUUAUGUUACUCAUCUUUCUCAUAUCUUAAGUGUUUGUAUUAAGGAUUCUCAAAGAGGCAGAAGCAAAAGUAUUAUACUCAGGGUGGGAAAUGAAAAGAUAUUCAUUCAGUAUUAUUUUCACACAUAACACCUACUUUUCAUGAUUUUCUUAAUUCAUAUUCUGUAUAAAGUUAAGUAUGUCCUAAAGGAAAGGUCAAACAGUCUCUUCAUGUCAUCUAAUCUCUUUUGAGGCAUAGUUGUACCAAUAACUGUUGUAACUAUUUCUAAAGAAUUUAGCAAUUAUUGCUAAUUAAGUUGUUUUGGGAGGUUGUAUAGAGAAAGUAGGCAGAGAAGUGUAAUAUGGGUCACAGAUUUUUAUACACAAAUCCACACAGAUUUGUUUGUUUAUUCAUUUUAGGUAGGGAACAUGGCCCAGCUGGAAACCCUGUGGCUGGAUUGGAAGAAUACUGCCACUAUAUCCAUUGGGUCUGAAAAAGGAAUCCCCAUUUUUAGGCACAUUCUCUCUCUCUCUCUCUCUCUCUCUCUCUCUCUCUCUCUCUCUCUCUCUCUCUCUCUCUCUCUCUCUCUCUCUCUCUCUCUCUCUCUCUCUCUCUCUCCUGCUAUUGCCUUAAGAGGGACAUUUCAGUCUGGUAAACAGAUCCAUGUAUAUAUCAGGCUGUGGUGUCCCUUAAAGGGAAGUAAUCUGGAAAAGAUAAAUGUCUUGUCCCAUCAUGAGUAAAAACAUGAGUUCCUGGUCCCUAUUCUCUAUCCCCUUUAGCUGCCUUUUUGGAUAGUAUGGAAUGCAGUGGCAACAUUCUUCCAAAUUAGCCCUAGAGUGUGCAGUGAAGCUGUCCCUGUUACCACAGGAAUAGGUAAACAUAGCAAAAUCAUUAAAGCUCUGAAGAUGUAUUUUGAGUACAUAUUUCUUCUCUGUUAUGAAAUACUUAAAAACAUAAGCUAGAUAUUUGUUCAUGUCUUGUUUGUUGCAAAACUGUUUAAUUCUGUGAAUGAUUUUCAUGGUAUUUUGUCAUUGAGUACAUAUUUCUUCUCUGUUAUGAAAUAACAGCUAGAUAUUUGUUCAUGUCUCAUUUGUUGCAAAACUGCUUAAUUCUGUGAAUGAUUUUCAUGGAAAGCUAUGUUCCUCUUAUUAUUAGUUAGUGUGUUGCAGAGAAGUUAAAACCAUACUUGAAUAUUGGCUUGGUUAUACUGAUAAGGUCAGUCUCCCUUGCAGGAUGGAAUUUCCUUUCCUGCUUCAGUCUUGUAGUCCAUUCAUUCAAUGACAAUCUGUGGAAGACUUACCCAUUAUAACUUUCCAUGUAUGCAGGUUCUGCUUCUUGUGCCACAAUGUGUUCUUCUCUUGAGAUCUACACAGGAACUUUCUUAGUUCAGUAUAAUAUAAUUUUCAAAAUUAUUUUAAUGCUAACCAGACAUAGUUAGCUGAUGGUAGUCUGCUAAGCUACAUGUUGAAUGUUUGAACAAUUCUGUAUAUCUUUGGUCCACCCAUGGGACCUCAUCAUUUGAUCUACUAUAGUCAGUAAUACAAUGUUUAAGCCAGGGCCAGUCAAUGGGAGGCUAAGGUGUUUAGUCUUACCUUAGAGCUUUAAUGAGCCUUGGAAUUUACAUGGUUGUAUUUUUUAUUUCAUACCUUGCCUUUGAUUAAGGCUAGGGGCCUUAUUAUCUAGUAAAUAUGGCCCUGUUCUGUCUUAGAAUUUGAGGGCUGUGGUAAUGUGCACAACUCAAGUUGCCCUGUUGAAGGGAAGAAAAUGAGAUGAUGGAUUGUGGUCUUGUGGAUGCUUGAUGGACAAGGGCAACGUCAGAUUUUUUAAAGAGGAAAUUUAUAUGAAACAAGUAUUGUGUGAUAGUUUAAAAUAUGUAUUUUAAUUGAACAGAAGUACUGUGAUAGUUUGAAAUGUGUAUUUUAAUUUUAUUGUAUGUUCCUAAUGAUUAGGAGAUACAUAAGAAUUGAUGUGAAAAGGGACAAGAAUCUUUGUAUUCUGUUCUGUUUUCUAUCUGAGAGUGAUACUAAGUAGGAGACUUACCCUUUUUCUUGUUCUCUAAGUGGUGAUGUGGACUGAGGUUUAGUGUUGAUUUUUACUUUUUUAUAGGUUGCUUGGAUUCUGUAGAUGAGUACUAAUUGGCUAAUCAAAGUCCAGUUGUGGGAAGCAGUCACAGUAGUCUGGAUGGUUGUGUUGUCCUGUUUGGGAUUCUUGGUAGUGUUGUGUGUGCCCUUUCAUUCCCUCUAAACACAAAUUACUUUCUUGUCUGGACCCUUCUAACAUCUGCUUUGGAUAACCAAGAAAUCCAUAGGAUGAUGAUGACUAGGAUGAAAAUGGCUGGCAUUGAUCGAGGGGUGACGUCCAGUUGGUCAUUGGAAACUGAUUGCUGCUGGUGUUACAGUGGCACAAGUCUUUACCUGCACUUGUAGUCACAAUUGUUCCACAAAGCCUCCUGGCUGUCCUUAUCUGAGAUGAUUUGCUGUUACCCAGUAGAACAUUACCAACUCGCAAUAAAGGUAUUGAUUGAUUUAAUGUGAAAAUAUGUCUACAAUAUUUAUGUUGGAAGCACCUUCCUCAAUUUUAUCACAUUUAUUUAUUAUGUUGCUAUUCCUUUUCAAUAAUGCAUCGCCAUGUACCUGUGUAGCUUCAUGUAAAGAGUAAGAAAAUGUCUGUUUACAGCUGAGUGAUGAAGGUGCUGCUAGUAUGUUGAUGUUUCUCCCCAAGCUAGUGUUUCACAUUUUUAGUGUGGUAGAUUAGAGAUCAGACAGCUAAGUCAUUCUGAACCUUAAAUCCGGCCCAUUAUGAACUACCUCAGGUGGAAAAGUUCUUGGGUGAUCAACCUCACACAUCAUCAGGAAGCCUUAUCACAUGAUUGUGUACUUUUGGCAAUACUGGUUAUUUCAGUCAUCCAAAAACUUGAUUGCUUCAUCAGCAGUGCAUAAUCAGAUGAUAAACAAGUGAAUGGUUAUGUUAACCAUGAAAUCUUAUGUCAUUAUUAUUAAUGGCUCACUGGUCAAAAAUAUAUCACAUAGAGAGAAAUACAGUUUUGUCAAAUUUACAUGAGUGCAGUGAAGCAAGUUAUCUUUGUUGUGUAUUUAUGGGUGGAAAAUUAUCACAAGGAUCAUUGUCAUUAGGUUGUGGAUGAUGUUUUGCUUUUAGGUGCUGUGACAAUAGAUGUUGAUCCACCUUGCAUUGGAAAGGUAAUCAGGAUUAUAUUAAAUGUACAGCAUGACAACAGUACUGAGUUGCUGUGAUGCUGUCUGUGUUUGUAUGGCAGUGAUUGUACUGAUUAUGGUGUUUGUACAUGACAUCUAAGGCAGAGUUAAGUCCCCACAAUACUGAAGAUGUUGUUAAUCAGCUUGAAUCAAGCUGUCAAGUGUUAGCUAAUUGAGAGUUACAUGCAAGCAUCUCAGGUGAUGAUGCUUCUGGGAAAGUAAAUUUAAAGCAGGAAUAGAUGUAGUGUCCUUUGUGCCAUAUAUUGUAAGAUUACAGAUGAAAUCUGAGCAAGGCAUGUGUGGUUUGUAUUGAUUGGAUUUUCAGCUUAAUAAAAAAUCUCAUAAAUAUUGUUAUCUUAAAUACUGUAGAUAAAAUGUAAAGUAUAUAUAUAUAAAGAAUAAUAAUAAUAAUACUGCUGCCUCAA